AUGUACCAUAUCUCAUAUAUUUUCAUCGUUUACUGUAUUAUUUACAACAACACUACACUUGGUUAUAUAGGUUAUCCGAGUGGUACAACUUUCAAUACAACAGCAAUUUCUGAUAUUUUAAAUCGACUUGUUGAUAAAUCAACUUAUGAUAAAAGAUUAAGGCCUAAAUAUGGUGCUGAACCAGUUGACGUAGGUAUAACUAUACAUGUAUCAAGUAUCAGUGCUGUAUCUGAGGUUGAUAUGGACUUUACACUUGAUUUUUAUUUACGGCAAACAUGGCAAGAUCCACGUUUAGCAUUUGGUGAUAUGUAUUAUGGCUAUCAAAAAGGGAAAAUUGAAUCUUUGACAGUUGGUGUAGAUUAUUUGGAGAAACUUUGGAAACCGGAUACAUUUUUUCCGAAUGAAAAGAAAUCAUUCUUUCAUACUGCAACAACCCAUAAUUCCUUUUUAAGAAUCGAUCCGGAUGGUACCGUUUUUACUUCCCAAAGAUUAACGGUGACAGCAACAUGUCCCAUGAAACUACAACUUUUCCCGAUGGAUUCACAGAAAUGCAAACUUGAAAUCGAAAGUUAUGGUUAUACAACGGCUGAUAUAGCUUUAUUCUGGGGCAAAGAUCGUAGGGAUCAGGGUCAAGUAGUCGGGUUCGAGAAUAUUUCGCUGCCACAAUUUAAACCGGUCGGUUAUCGGGUAAAUGUUACCAGGGCAACUACUUCUUCAGGUGUAUAUGUUCGAUUAUAUUUUGAAGUGCUGUUGGGUCGUAAUCUUGGCUUCUACCUCAUGAAUAUUAUCAUUCCUUCAAUGCUUAUUGUCACCAUUUCUUGGGUAUCAUUUUGGCUUAAUCGUGAAGCAUCACCAGCACGAGUUGGCCUUGGUGUUACUACUGUAUUAACAAUGACAACACUUAUUACUACAACUAAUAAUGCAAUGCCAAAAGUUAGUUAUAUCAAAGGUCUUGAUGUUUUCUUGAAUUUUUGUUUUGUAAUGGUAUUUGCAAGUUUAAUUGAAUAUGCAGUAGUUAGUUAUAUGAAUAAAAAAUUGGCGCAAAGACGUGAAAGGAGACGUAAACAAGCGGAACAACGAAUGCCUGUUGAAAUGCCAAUGUACGGUCAAAUUACUUCUAGUGCUGAAACAAAAAUGCAAAUGGAUACGUUCCUUGGUGGACCAAGUCAAAAUCCUAACAUUAGUGUAACAGAAGCAAUGAUGCCAGAAUGUGAUUGUCGUACAAUACCGCUCAUACAGAAUCCGAGAUUGGUGACAGAUCGAACAUUAUGGCCAGCGCCGUUCAUGAAACCAAAACGAGCAUCACGUACGUGUAGAAGUGUGACGCCGUCUAAAAUUGAUAAAUGCUCACGCUUCUUCUUCCCUAUGCUAUUUUUCACUUUUAAUUUAUUUUAUUGGACAAUUAUGACAGUGCUUAGUUCAUUCGUGGAUACCAAUGGUUAUACUAUUGCAACAAUACAUUAUCAUUGGUGUCAACUAAAAGAUGUCCACUGUGAAGCAGCGGUCAAAGUUGAACCAUUCGAAUUGACCAGUUAUCGAUUUACCAGUUUAUGCAUUAAUAAAACAAUAGCAACAACUUCAUCUGGUUCUUAUUCACGUUUAUGGGCACAAUUCUUAUUCGAACGAGAAUUUAGCUUUUACAUGAUUCAGAUUUACAUACCUGCAAUACUUGUUGUCUUUAUUAGCUGGGUAUCAUUCUGGAUCAAUCCUGAAUCAGCUCCAUCACGUACCGUUAUUGGAACAUUUACUAUAUUAAGUGAAACACAUCUUCUGAUGAGUACAAAUAGACGAUUACCACCUGUCUCCUACAUUAAGGCUGUAGAUGUUUAUCUUGGAUUUUGUUACUUAAAUGUGGUAUUAGCACUUAUCGAAUAUGCUACUGUAACAUAUUCCAGAAAGAAAUAUGAAGAUGAGAAGAAGAAUAAAAGCAAAAAUAUUUUUGAACUUACACCGCAAUUACAAGCACCAGAUUUACUUCAAGAUGCUCGUAUAGAUGAAUGUACAUGCGAACAAGAUGUUUCGGUAUUUGUGGUAGCUAAACCAAAAUGUCCACUAAAAUGUGCUACUUUUUGUAAGCAUAAUCGAGUGGAUCUUAUCGCUCGAAUUGUAUUCCCUGUUUCGUUUCUCACGUUCAAUUUCAUUUAUUGGACAGUACUUCUCUCCUUAUCAAAAUGGAGAAUAUAUGGAGAUAAUGCAGAACAAAGAGCAUGUUAA